CCGUUUUCCGUGUCACCGGCUUCAACUUUUGGGAAUUUUAUGACCAACAUACCCCUAUACUGUUUUCGUACACACUGACACUCAGACACUCACACACUCGUCAUGAACCAAGGACUACUUUUUACUUUUUUCUGCUCCCAAAAUAUAAUCGGAUGAUAAAUGCUUAUUCUCGUAAAGCUGUUGUCUCUUAAUGGUAAGAACAAAAGGGGCAGCACAUUGAAGAAAAGGUCAGUCUCCGGAGAAAUAACUGUACUGGAAAUGGGUGAUGAGAGUCGCAAAUAUGUUAUGGAUUUGGAGCUGGCAAUCCAAAGAGAACUAGCAUAUCGGAGAAAGAUUUUCUUGUCACAGUUGCAAACUGACAAGGACUUCAAGACAGAUCCUGUGCCAUUGGAGAGGAUUGCUCAUGUGCCAUCAUCAAGCUCAACUGUAAGUCCAAGCAGAACUCCUACUUCCAAGUCACUUUCAAGUUCAAGCCCUUGGCUUUCUGGCAUGAAGCGAGACGCAGCACCAAGCGGCAGUGAAAGCUUGCAGCCUCAACAGCCACAAUCAUCAAAUAGCAAGCCCAUGCAUACAAAUCAAUCAGAUGUUAUUUUUUGCACAAUCUGCAAUGUACCUUGCCAUGGUACCCGCAACUAUAAGCAACAUCUAGAUGGUCAAAAACACAAGGCCAAGCUACAGAACAUGAAAUUACAUAGGAAUGAUGUUGGUCAAUGCAGCAAAGAAGCUAACCAGCAGAGGUGGGGCAAGGUGUGUAAUACCGGUUGCACAAGUGCAGAAUUGUUCAAACAACACUUAUGUGGUAAAAAGCACAAGGUUGAACUAGGAAAGUUAGAAUGUGCUAGGAAAGAUAGUGGAGAUCUCCCGAAGCAGCCAAAAUACUGCAAGUUGUGUGAUCUUUGGUGCCCAAAUGAGGAUGCAUAUAAGAUGCACCUUGAAGGUAAACGGCAUAUAAUUUGACGCCAUGACAUUGAGAAUACGGGGCUACAAAGGGUGGAACUGUAAGAAAAGUGAUGUUGAACAUCAUAGGGACCUAACCACUUAUAUUAGGCGUAGGAAUUGGUCUACUUAGUACUUUUGCAUAUUUUCCUCUUUUACUGUUUGUAUAUCUAUAUGUUGGAUAUUUUUGGAUGGUUGUUUGAUAUUUUCUUCUGUGAUGGAGUAGGGAUUAGGCUUGGCCUAUAUAUAUGCCCUUAUGAUAAUU